GCCGGGAGUGGGAGUGGGAGGAAGGCGCUCGGGGAAGCCAGAGGAAGCCGGAGAGCGGGGGGCUGCGCGGCGGGGCCGACUGCGCGGGCAGCCCGGGGACAGAGCCGCAGGGCAUCGCCGGCAGCUGCGGGCAGGAGGGCAUCACCGGUGGCGGCGGGAGCCAGCACCCGGCUGGCACGGCUGGAGCGAGAAGGUGGUGGCUGGACUGAGGGGUCCCCAACCUGUCCCCCCCCCGCCACCCCAAAGGCAGGAAGGCGAGGCCGCCAUGGCGAUGCUCCUGGAGCCCGGGAUGCAGAGUCUCCGGAUGGGUGCCAAUGGCGAGCGGUGCCCCACGCCGUCCCCUCCCGGCUCCCCGGGGACGCCCCACGACAGCUGCAGCAUCGCCCCACUGACGCCCUCCCAGUCGCCGAGGAGCGAGGCUCGCUCCCAGCAAACCACCUCCUUCGCUGUGGUGGUGGCCAUCGACUUCGGCACCACGUCCAGUGGCUACGCCUUCAGCUUCUCCAGCGACCCGGAGGCCAUCCACAUGAUGAGGAAAUGGGAAGGAGGUGACCCGGGGGUGGCCAACCAGAAGACCCCCACCAGCCUCCUGCUGACGCCGGAGGGCGUCUUCCACAGCUUCGGCUACACCGCCCGGGACUACUACCACGACCUGGACCCCGAGGAAGCCCGCGACUGGCUCUACUUCGAGAAGUUUAAGAUGAAGAUUCACAGCACCAGCGACCUCACCAUGCAAACUGAACUAGAAGCUGUCAACGGGAAGAAAAUGCAAGCGCUGGAGGUGUUUGCCCACGCGCUCCGCUUCUUCAAGCAGCACGCCGUGCAGGAGCUGAAGGACCAGUGCCCGUCCCUGCCCGAGAGAGAUGCCAUCCGCUGGGUGAUCACUGUGCCCGCCAUCUGGAAGCAACCGGCCAAGCAGUUCAUGCGGGAGGCUGCCUACAAGGCCGGUCUGGUGUCCCCGGAGAACCCGGAGCAGCUGCUGAUCGCGCUGGAGCCCGAAGCCGCCUCCAUUUAUUGCAGGAAGCUUCGCCUCCACCAACUGAUCGACCUGAGCUGCAAACCCCCGGCCAACGGGCUGGCACCGGACCACUCCAUCGACUCCAGCUUUCGGCAGGCCCGAGAGCAGCUCCGGCGGUCCCGCCACAGCCGCACCUUCCUGGUGGAGUCGGGAGUUGGGGAGCUCUGGUCGGAGAUGCAGGCAGGUGACCGCUACAUCGUGGCGGACUGCGGCGGUGGCACGGUGGACCUCACCGUGCACCAGAUCGAGAAACCACAGGGGACACUGAAGGAGCUGUACAAAGCCUCAGGGGGUCCCUACGGGGCCGUGGGGGUGGACCUGGCCUUCGAGAAGCUGCUGUGCCACAUUUUCGGGGAGGAUUUCAUCGCCACCUUCAAGGCCAAGCGCCCCGCCGCUUGGGUGGACCUGACCAUCGCCUUCGAAGCCCGCAAGCGGGCAGCAGCCCCCUCCCGCGCCAGCCCCCUCAACAUCUCCCUGCCCUUCUCCUUCAUCGACUUCUACCGCAAGCACCGGGGCCAGAACGUGGAGACAGCCCUCAAGAAGAGCAAUGUCAACUUUGUGAAGUGGUCGUCCCAAGGGAUGCUGCGGAUGUCCUCGGAGGCCAUGAGCGAGCUCUUCCAGCCCACCAUCAGCCAGAUCAUCAAACACAUCGACGACCUCCUGAAGAAGCCGGAGGUCCAAGGCAUCAAGUUCCUCUUCCUGGUGGGGGGCUUCGCGGAGUCGGCCAUGCUGCAGCGCGCCGUCCAGGCGGCCUUCGGCCACACCUGCCGCGUCAUCAUCCCCCAAGACGUGGGGCUGACCAUCCUCAAAGGGGCCGUGCUCUUCGGCCUCGACCCCACCAUCGUCCGCGUCCGCCGCUCCCCCCUGACCUACGGCGUGGGGGUGCUCAACAAGUUUGUGGAGGGGAAGCACCCGCGGGAGAAGCUGCUGGUGAAGGAGGGCAAGAACUGGUGCACCGACAUCUUUGAGAAGUUUGUCUCCGUGGACCAGUCCGUGGCACUGGGAGAGGUGGUCCAGCGCAGCUACUGCCCAGCCCGGCCGGGCCAGCGCAAGACCAUCAUCAACAUCUACUGCUGUGCCACCGACGACGUGGUCUACAUCACCGACCCUGGCGUGCGCAAGUGCGGCACCAUCAGCCUGGAGCUGGAGGCGCUGGGCGACGCCGGCAGCCCGGCACGCGGCCGCCGGGAGAUCCGCGCCAGCAUGCAGUUCGGGGACACAGAGAUCAAGGUCACCGCCAUGGACAUCCGCACCUCCAAGACGGUCCGAGCCACCAUCGAUUUCCUCUCCAACUGAGACCCUUCCUUCAGGGGGCUGUGUGGGGAGGGAUGGGGACCUCGGGAACCUGCUGCCCACUCGGGAUCCCCACCGGCACCCGCUUUGGGCUCUGGCCUCACAGGACUCCCAUGGGUGCAAGGAGCUGGGAAGAGGGAACAAGCAGCUUACUGCCACCAGACCCCGCUGCACCCAUGCUGGUGGCCCCCGCCCUACUCAUGGCACGCCCCAAAGAUGCUCCCCACCUGCUGCCGGGCAGUGCUGCACCAGGGCCCCCAUCUCCCACAGAAACGGGUCGGGGUCUGAACUGUCAGAAAGGGUGACUGCACCCCCGGCAUCGCUGAGCGGGACAGGGGCAGCGCUGCCCAGCCAAGCGGGGGCCGGGGGCUCAGGCUGCCCCACUCCCGAGCAUGGGUAAGGCCACUGACAGAGCCCGCAGCACCCCCAGCUCCCAAGAAUACCGACGCACACGCUUUCUGUAAACCCACAUUUCUAUUUUUUUACAUAUAUUGCACGUCGCCCUCGCAGCUGGCAUCCCCUGAGCAGCAGAGUUUGACGUGGCCAGAGCAGCCCAGCGAGGACAGGGACAGUGGCACAGGAGGAGGGGGACAGUAGCCCACCCUCACCCUCUCCUGGACCCCUUUUAACUAGAGGUUGGGGCAGUUUGCAGCACGAAGCCCCUCACCCUAUUCAGGAACCCUCUCCCCAAAGGGCCCAACCGGGUUUAUCCGUGUCCACAGGGAUGGGCUCCUGCAGCCCCCUGCACCCAGGGGUGAACAAAUAAAUGGACAUGACCCCCCCCCGGGAGCCUCUGAAAUAGCACAGCAUUGCAGGGAAGGGCUGGCUUCAUAUCCCCCGGGGUGUCCCCUGCUCAUCUGGGGUGUCCCCUGUCCACGUGGGGAGUGUCCAGUCCCUUCCAUGCUCCUCUGUGGGUUGCAGCUGCCAGCUCCGAUGCUCUGGGACACUUUAAUGGAGGCGACCUGAGCUCCAGCCCCCUCCCAGCUGAAGAUUAUUAUUUACCUCUAUGGAUUUUUGUACUUUAAAAAACCCCACACAUACACACAGACGUGUAUAUAUAUAUAUAUAUAUAUUUUUAUAUAUAUAUAGGCACAUA